GAAGAAAUGAUAACCGACAUGCUUACUAGAGGAUCCAUGAGUCUAAAUACUGUUUCUAUUUUUGGAAUGCCCGGUUUAGGCAAGACUCUAUUGGCGAGGAAAGUAUACAACAAUAGAAUUGUCAUGCGCCACUUCCAUAUUCGUGCAUGGUGCACUGUUUCCCAAGUAUGAGGAAAGGCAAUUAUUGCUUCAGAUUUUAGCAGAUAUUAGCGAGCUUACUGACAGGAUUUCUGAAAUGAAUGAUGAAGAUCUCGAGGACAAACUCUGGAAGAUGUUGAAAAGAAGAAGGUAUCUCAUAGUUAUGGAUGACGUUUGGAGUGUUGGAGCUUAUAAUGACUUAAAACGUAUUUUCCCGGAUGACCACAAUGGAAGUAGAAUUCUGGUAACCACUCGUUCCCGUGGAUUGGCCUUGGAAAUCAAUCCACAUAGAGAACCUCAUUCUCUUCGUGCGCUCUCUGAGGAUGAAAGUUUCAGGUUAUUAAAGAUGAAGGUAUUCAAUGAGGAAGAUUGCCCCAAAGAGUUAGUGGCAGUUGGAAAAGAAAUUGCUCGGCAAUGUCGAGGAUUGCCUCUUGCAAUUGUUGCUGUAGCUGGUAUACUGAAGAUGACAGAAAAGAGCCGAAAUUCGUGGAAGAAAAUAGCAAACAGCUUGAGCUCCCAGGUACUCAAUGACCCAGAAGCUCAGGGCCAGUCAGUCCUAGAACUAAGCUACCAAUACUUGCCGGAAUAUCUAAAACCAUGCUUUCUCUACAUGGGAGUUCUUGAUAAAGACAAAGAUAUUCUUGUUAGCAAGUUGAUUCAGCUGUGGCUUGCAGAAGGGUUAAUACCAAAAACUCAGACAAAGAGCUUUGAAGAUUUGGCAGAGGAGUUUUUGGUGGAGUUGAUUGACAAAAGCUUGGUAAUAGUCUCCAGAAGAAGAUCCAACGGCAAAGUCAAAGCAUGUCGUCUUCAGUCUCUUAUGCUUGAUUUCUGUAAGUCGAAAGCCAAAGAUGCAAACUUCUUUCAGCUAGUAACCAGGUGUGAUGACCCAUAUGCUUCUUUUCCCAGUUCAGAUUAUGGUUUUGAAUUUGAUUUUUACCAUCAUUUGCGUCCUGUUUCAUUUGCAUCCUAUCGGUUGGCUGUAUGUUUGAAGCAAAAUCAGUUUCUUGAAUCAAGACCAUCUGGCCUGGGCACCCGUUCUUUGGUGUUUUUUGCCUCUACAGAUUCAGAAACUAGAUGGCCUUACGACAUCUCGUUCAUUUUGCACAACUUUAAAUUACUUAGGGUGUUGGAUUUCGAAUGCAUCGACGUGGCUUCUUUUCCUGUUGAAAUUGGACUACUGAUUCAAUUGAGAUAUUUAGCAGUUGGGGGGUAUGUGACUUCUAUUCCACAAUCAUUAGGCAACCUCAGGAAACUGGAAACUCUUAUUGUGAAAGGAUUGCGUGGUAAGAUCAUCUUGCCAAAUACGAUUUGGUGCCUGACAAGUCUGAGGCAUCUUCAUGUGAAAAUCCAUGUUGCUUUCAACUUGGAUGACGAAGAGUCUGAAAACUCCUCUGUUUUAGAAAAUUUGGUCAGCUUUUCCCGCCUGUCCCUUCCCUGUGGUCAGGAUGCAGAAAGGAUACUGAAGAGGUUUCCAAAUCUUCGCAAACUGAGUUGCAUAUUCUAUGAGUCACAGGAUUCUUCCACGACCUUCAAUCAAUUUCCAGCGUUGGAUUUUCUAACUCAUUUGGAGUCAGUCAAGAUACUCUACUUUGGGACCCCUCUCAAUGAUGGCAAGUUCAACCUGCCAUCGAAUCUGAAGAAAUUGACUCUCUCAGACUUUCGCUUGCCAUGGAGCCAUAUGUCUGCAAUUGGGAGGCUUCCAAACCUAGAAGUUCUCAAGUUACAAUCUGGUGCCUUUGAAGGGCAAAUAUGGGAGAUGAAGGAAGGAGAGUUCCAGAGACUCAGAUUCUUGAGCUUAGACACUCUGGACAUUGUCCAAUGGAAUGCCUCUCGUGACCACCUCCCUACACUUGAAAGACUUGUCUUACAAAAUUGCAUUGACCUUGAGGAAAUUCCGAUGUAUCUUGUGGAUAUACCUACACUGCAAAUGAUUGAAGUGAAUUGCUGUGCACAAUCUGUAGAAGAGUCGGCCAUUAGGAUUAGGGAGGAAUGCAUGGACAUGGGUAUUGAUGACAUCAAAGUCUUUAUCAGGAGUUCAGAUUUGACAACAUGAUGAGCAUGAUUUGGAUUACUCUGCUUUAUGCUUCCCAUGAUCGCUCGUCUAUAACUACAAGGCUCAGUUGAAACUUUGGAGGCUUUGUUUGCCACAAAGCAAGAGGUUUUGGCCAAGCUUUGCCUUGCAUUGGAGCUUUCCAAUUUUCUUGUUCUGUAUUGUGCUUUUGAACUUUGGAACAAAUGUAGCAAUGUAACUCAUUUUGAUUGCCUUUGGCACUUGAAUGUGUCAUCCUACCCAAUAUAUUUUAGCAAAACUCGAAGUGUUAAGUGGCUAAUUGUGCAUAUAAUUGGUACAUAUUA